AUGUUUGACAUGUUUAUUUUCUCCUUUUUGUUCUCAUGGAAUCUGGCUGGCGUGUUUGGUGUUGAGUCAGUGAAGUCAGUGUCAGUAACAGAGGGAGAAUCAGUAAGUCUAAACUCUGAUCUUACUGAAAUACAGAGAGACGAUGAGAUAACGUGGAAAUUUGAAAACAUUAUGAUAGCUAAAAUCUACGGGAAGGACAAUAAGAGCAGGUUUUAUGAGGAUAGUUCUGAUGGGAGAUUCAGAGACAGACUGAAGCUGGAUCAUCAGACUGGAUCUCUGAGCAUCACAAACACCAGAACCACAGACUCUGGACUUUAUGAAGUAACCAGCAAAAGCUCAGGGACCCCACUCAACAUCUUCAGUCUUACUGUCCAUGCUCGUCUGCUCGUUCCCGUCAUCAGCAGAGACUGUUCUGUUCUGAGCUUGUACCAGAAUUGUUCACUGGUGUGUUCAGUGGUGAAUGUCAGUUAUGUGACUCUCUCCUGGUACAAAGGAAACAGUUUAUUGUCCAGCAUCAGUGUGUCUGAUCUCAGCAUCAGUCUCUCUCUACCUCUGGAGGUGGAAUAUCAGGAGAAAAACACCUACAGCUGUGUGCUCAACAAUUCAUUCACUAACCAGACUCAACAUCUCAACAUCAGUGGACUCUGUCACACACAUUUAGAUUGUAUCUACUGCUGUGGUUCUACUGAAGCUGUGAUCCGAUUGGCUCUCUCUGCUAUGGUGGGUGUGGCUACUGUUGCUGUGCUGGUUUAUGACAUCAGAUCCAGAAGCAUUGGUCUGUUUCCUGGAAAAUGCAACAUCCAGCUGGACCCGACAGCCACGCCAGUCCUUCACCCACUAAGGAGAGUUCCUUUUGCCCUGCGAGACAGGCUGAAAGAGGAGCUGGACUUCAUGGAGGAGCAAGGUAUCAUCGGCCACCCCAAUAAUUAA